AUGUGGUCCUCUCCAGGAGAGAAUCCGAGAGGCAGGUCUUCCAUGAUGUUUCUGAAGAAGACUAAUUCUGAGACACAGAAACAUCGAUAUGGUCUACCAUACAAGAGAUCUGAGACAUACUAUCAUUCAGAAUACAAAAUGAAUCAUCACCAUGGUUUUCAAGGAAAAAAGAGAGGUGUGAAUUAUAUCUGGAAUAAAUUUGACAGGAAGAACAAUCGUUUUGAUCAUCAUGGUGCUCCAUAUGACAUGGGGCUGAAAAGGAGGAGAGAAAGAUUCAGUUAUGAGGAUCAAUAUUUUCUUAAUGUGUGUGAUGAUAGAAAAACUGAGGAGGGCAAAACAGAUCUGGAUGCUGUAAAUGGAACCGGGGAGAGAUGGUACAAGGUCACAAUUCCAAGUGGAAGAAAGUAUGAGAAGACAUGGCUAAUGAAUUCGAUCCAGAACCUCUGUAGUGUGCCUUUCAUCCCUGUUGAUUUCCACUAUGACAAAAAUCGGGCCCGGUUCUUUGUUCAGAAUGCCAAGACUGCCUCUGCAUUGAAGGAAGUCAACUACAAGAUUAGUGAUGAAACAAGCACAAAAAUAUCUAUCUUUGUCAGUCCUUCUGUUGUACCCUAUUCUGUGCAAAACAAGUUUACAUCAGAACAAAUGGCACAUCUAAAGAAAUCUAUGAUGAAACGGUAUGAUGCCUCCCAAAAAGCUCUGGACCUUGAGAAGUUCCGAUUUGACCAGGACUUAAUGGACAAGGAUAUUGACAUGAUGUUGAAUCGAAGAAGCUGCAUGGUUGCCACACUACAGAUCAUUGAAAGCAAUAUCCCUGAACUGUUGUCCUUGAACUUGAAAAACAACAAAUUGUACCAGCUGGAUGGACUGUGUGACAUGACGGAGAAGGCCCCUCAAGUUAAGAUUCUGAACCUCUCCCAAAAUAAACUGAAGUCUAUCUCGGAGUUGGACAAGUUGAAAGAACUGAAGCUGGAAGAGCUGUGGCUAGAAGGAAACCCCUUCUGUAACUGCUUCUCAGAUCAUGCUGAGUAUAUAAGUGCUAUACAGGACCUAUUUCCCAAGUUGUUGCGUCUGGACGGCAGGGAGCUAAUAGUACCAACAAGAAUGGAUAUCGAGACCCCCCAACCAUGCAAGGAAACCUGUAAUGAAUCUGAACUCAUCAAAAAUCUAGUUCUACGAUUUCUGAAAGAAUACUACUUGUUUUAUGACAAUGGAGACCGACUUCGUCUCCUCGAUGCUUACCAUGACCAGGCCUGCUUCUCUCUGUCUGUUCCUUCCAAUGUUAGUGAUCCAGACCUCAACGACUUGGAAGAGUAUUUCAAAUAUAACAGAGAUAUAAAGAAGCAGCAAGACUCACAGAAGCGAAUGCAGUUGCUGAAGCACACAAAACAUGAUAUUGUGAACUAUCUUAGCUUGUUACCCAAAACUCAGCAUGAUCUUUGCUCUUUCUGGGUGGACUUGUGUCUCCACACGGAAAUGAUGCUCUGUUUUUCUGUGAAUGGACUGUUCAAGGAAGUGGAAGGAAAAUGUCAAGGCCGCAUCCGUGCCUUCACGAGGAUCUUCAUUACUGUCCCUUGCAGCGAUUCAAGAAUUUGCAUCAUGAAUGAUCAGUUGAUUGUGAGAAAUGCCAGUCCCAAAGAGGUACAAAAGGCCUUCACUUCGUUGCUUGCACCAGACACUUCAUUCAAGCCUUUACUCUCUGAAGAGCAGCAGGAAAUGGUGAAGUCUUUCUCUGUGCAAUCUGGAAUGAAACUUGAUUGGUCUCAGAAGUGCCUUGAAGAUAAUGAAUGGGACUAUACCAAAGCUGGGGAAGCCUUCACUGCCCUCCAGAAUGAGGGCAAAAUCCCAAAGGAAUUCUUCAAAUAA